AUGUCUUCUACCGACCCUGGCAACACGUAUACCGAGGGCCAACAUAGCGCAGAUACCCCCGACCUCCCAAGUUUUGGUCCGCCCAUAGCGAGGGAGCUUCACUUCCAAGCUGCGCUCGCGAAUAACGCCGAUCCCUCCACUGUCCGUCACUGUGAGGAACUCAAGCAAGCGCAUACGGCACUUGACGAGCAAUGUAUCAGAGAGUUAGCCGAGCUUAUGCAACAAUGCCUCAGCGCGCGCCAAGGAGCGAUGGCUUAUCUCGAGAAGAAUACCCAGAGACUAGAGGCUAAAGUCCAGACACUGGAGGCAAGAAUUCAGGAAGCAAAGAAGAGGAAGGAGGAAAGGGCAAAAUUUGAGAAGGAAAACAAGAGGAGAAGGUGGUGGAUGAGCCUGCCAUUUGAGGAGAGGAAACGGAAACUUCGAGCGUCGCAAAGGGAAAACAUCGUUCUGAGGGUUGAGUCUGAAGCUUUGAAGAUCGAAGUCAAGGCCCUGGAAGCCAGAAAGAAGGCUAGGAUUGCUCAUGUUGCACGGUGGGACGGGAUGUUCGGAUGGAACAAGGAAGCUCGCUUGAGGCUCGGAAUUUACAAGAUGCUUGGAAACCUUGGGAUGCGUUACUGA